UAAAGCUCUCUCAUAUGAAGGAGGAGAAUGAUUGGGCAAUUUCCAACCUAGGGGAAACUGAUAUUUGGGUUCUUGAACAAUACAACGCAGAUAAACAUGUAAAGUUUUACAGGAUUAAGGUUCCAGACUCUGAAGCUUGUCCGCCACCUUCCUAUUUUUCUUCUCCUCUCUUCAAACUAAAGAAGAAGAAAGAACAGUUCAGCCCCAAGGAGCUCAGUCCUUUGUCCUUGAAGUGGAAGAAGAAGAAGAAGAAGAAGAAGGGCAAACCAGUUCCAUGGCCAUCCAAAUACUUCGCAGUGUUGGGGAACCAUCUCUACGCUGUAGGUGGUGAAAUAAAAACCCGCCAAAAGGAUGUCUUAGACAUCCCCGAAGAUUAUUCAGAGGAUGAGGAUGUGGGUUACUCCAUGGGUAUCGAGACAAAGGAUGUUUGGAUCCAUGGGCUACGUUUCUAAGUGUGGCUUCAAGAAUGUCUCUGCACCAGCAAAAUUUUGGGGGAGUAUGAAUUUCUUGAUGCUUCAUUUCGUCCUGGUUUCCUCCAUUUGUGUGAAAAAAAAUUCUGACUUAUCUUGCGAUCUGGCUACCCAACACCGGAGGACCCUUUUGUGAGUGUAGAAUUUCUUUAUUGUAUCAUACUUGAUCUUCCUCCGGAUGAAGAUUCCUCGCAGUGGAAUGUCUCUAUUUUGUCUGUUCAAAAAUACUUAUUGGAUAAGUAUCUAAAUUUGUUGGAUUGCCUGAUUUUGUGAGUUUACUGCUUCUCUCUAUACUAUUUAUCCAAUAAGUAUUUUUGAACAGACAAAAUAGAGACAUUCCACUGCGAGGAAUCUUCAUCCGGAGAAGGAUCAAGUAUGAUACAAUAAAGAAAUUCUACACUCACAAAAGGGUCCUCCGAUGUUGGGUUGUCAAAUCGCAAGAUAAGGCAGAAGUUUUAUCACACAAAUGGAGGAAACCAGGACGAAAUGAAGCAUCAAGAAAUUCAUACUCCCCCAAAAUUUUGCUGGUGCACAGAUCUCUGGUGAAUAACUUAAAUUUUUUGUUUUACUUAGAAUCAUUAUGGUAUGGUUAUAUGUAAUUAUAUAGUCCCCUUUACAUAGACUUCUUGGUUUAUUUAGAAUCAUUAUGGAAGUGGUUUUGUAUAAUUCUAAAGUCCCUGACAAACUUCUAGGCUUAUUUAGAAUCUUUAUGGAUAUCCAUAUUCUAGACUCAGUUGAAACUUAUGAUUGACAUGAAUGUUUCAGUUUAUGUUGAAUCUUCUAUUA